AAAAACGUAAUCCGAAAUCUGCAAAGAUCCAGUCUAAAUCUUAUGACGUAUUAAUGGGCUCCGAUAAUAACGGUGAAUCGCUUGAUACUUCCCAGAAUUGUCAGGAUUCUCAACAAAAUUUAGCGUCCUGUGAUUCUUCUAAUUCGCCGUUCGACGCGAUAGAUCCUGAACUUGACAGUAUUGUGUGUGAAAUUUGUCACGAAGGUUUGUCCAAGAAAGGAAAUUGGAUCAUUUUGUGUGAUCGAUGUGACACUCCUUAUCAUCAAUUAUGUCAUAUGCCGACGAUCGAUGAUGAUUUUGCUGAUUCCGAUAAGGAGUGGAUUUGUAUGGGUUGUACAAAUUCGCGUACAAAAAAACGUCAAAAAAUGAAUAAUCCUGAGAUGAUUGAUACUUCAGCAAAAAUAUUAACCAGCGAUCAACAAAUCAUUACGCCUAAUACCGAUGUUUCAACCGCCGAAUUGGAUAUUCAAGCUUCAAAUCUUACUAAUGAUCAAAUGGAUUUACCUAUUUCUGCAUUAUUGACCAGAGAACAA